AUGGAAAGCCUGAUCGCGAAGAUACAGCAGGAGGCUGCUUCAGCCAAUUAUGUGGAGCGCAAAAAGCUCCUAGACACCUUGCGAGACUUACAAUACAGCAUCGAGACCCCCGAGGAUGCUAUGCAGAGAGUGAUACACAUGAAUCUUCACUUUGCUGCAAUCCGCACGGCUCUUGACUUGAACCUUUUCAAUGAUAUCCUUGACAAUGCAGAGCCCUCGACUGUCCAUCACCUAGCAGCCAAGCACUCUGCAGACCCGUUGCUUCUCGGCAAGUACCGAAACUCCAGUUCAGUCCACAGUGCUCAAUGCGCCCCAGAAAUUCUAACUAGGAAGACAGGUCGUGUUCUACGCUAUCUAGCGUCGCUAGGGGUGCUUAAAGAAGCAGGCCGAGACACCUUUACUUCGACGCGAUAUACAUCCAAUCUCGCCAGACCCGAGAUUCAGGCCGGAUUGUACGUCUACUUCGACAUGUGUAACCCAACCUAUCAAGAAAUGCCUCGUUACCUUGCGGAAACAGGCUACCAGAACCCUACCAGUUUCACCGACGGCAUUUUCCAAAGGGCUCACAAAACGGACUUGCACACAUUCGCCUUCGUUCAUGGCGAUCCCGUGAGGAGUGCUCACUUCAAUCACUUCAUGAAAGCACAACGCGGAUCCCAACCCAAAUGCUUCGACCUUUACCCGUUUGACGAGGAAAGUAAGGGCUGGCCAUCCGAUAAGCCCCUAUUCGUGGAUGUCGGUGGCGGCGCCGGAUAUCAAACCGUCUCCUUCCUAGAGCGAUUUCCAAAUCUCCCUGGUCGGGUGGUUUUGCAGGACUUGCCGGAGCCGAUCGAGGACGCAAAAUCGGUGGUUCCGAAGAAUGUCGAGCGAAUGGCGCAUAACUUCUUCGAGCCACAGCCUGUCAUAGGUGCCAAGUACUACUAUUUGCGAAUGAUAUUGCAUGACCAUACAGACGAGAACAGCAUCAAGAUUCUUAGUAAUCUAGUCCCGGCUCUGGGGGAAGAUUCUCUGAUUUUGCUUGAUGAAAUGGUCUUACCCUCUCAGCGCGUGGAUGAGGCGUCCACACAACAUGAUCUGACCAUGAUGACGUUUCAUAGCUCCAUGGAGCGAUCGGAGGAACAAUGGGCGAAGCUUGUAGGAGCCGUGGGACUGAAGAUCAAGAAAGUGGUCCCCUAUGCACCAGGUUACAAUUUGGGAGUUGUCGUAUGUGGCCUCUGA